AAAGUUCUGGGCCUGCCCCUCCCGCCUCUGGUCGAGAGCCUUUCAACCAGGCCCCGCCCCUAGAGCUCACCUGCGCAGCCAACAGGCCCAGCCCAAUACUCCGAGUCCCAGCACCAGGCCAGCGCCCAGCAGCGGGAUUAGAAUCUGGGGAUACACGGACCCUGCGGGAACGUUGGAAGCGGGGUAGCGGUGGAUACCGAGGUCAGGGUGCGGGGACAGAGAGCUAGCUCUCCCACUCCGGAACCCCCAGACCAGGCUUCCCUCCCUGACGGGGGCGUGUGUCUGAGUUAGGUCCCCUUUGUGUGAAGGCCUAGACCUACCGUGGGUAGGCCCCGGAGCUCUGCAGUAGGCCCGGUCCCCCAGCACGUGAAGCUCCGUACGGCUCUCGUUCUCUUGGCGGCCCUUGCAGAUAAAGGUGCCCGAGUCCCCCGCGCUCAGGAGCAACUCCAGCCGCCGGAUAUCAAGGUCCAGGGCACGUAGGCGGCCAGCAAAGGGCUGGACGGGAGACACGGUGGGGGUCCCGCUCGGUGAGGCCAACAAGAUCGCGCGGCGUCCUUUGGACAGGCCUUUGCAGGCCGGGAAUCUAGGUGCCCAGACCCAGCGGAGCAGGAGCCCUGAAAUUCUACUCUGUCGGCUGCUGCUGUUGCUACCAUUCUCAGGAUCCUCACCAUGAAAGGCCUUCUGCUGCUCACCUUGUCUUCUCUGCUCUGCUGGGUCUCAGCUGACAUUCGCUGUCACUCCUGCUACAAGGUCCCUUUGCUGGGCUGUGUGGACCGGCAGUCCUGCCACCUGGAACCAGGACAGCAAUGCCUGACAACAAAUGUGUACCUCGGGAAGAUGUGGGUUUUCUCCAACCUCCGAUGUGGCACACCGGAAGAGCCCUGUCGGGAGGCCUUCAACCAAACCAACCACAAGCUAGGCCUGACCUAUAACACCACCUGCUGCAACAAGGACAACUGCAAUAACCCAGCCCCUCGGCCCACCCCGGCCCUGGCCCUUGUCCUCCUCACCUCCUUGGCUGGCCUUGGCCUCUGGCUGUUGCACUGAGACUCACUCCAUGGCUGCCCCUCCUCCCACCUGCCUUAGCCUGAGCCUCUCUUCUUGUGUCUUCAUGUCCUCUGCUUCCUUUUGCUCAGAAAAGCAUUUCUCCAGACCCUUCACAUUUCUUUAAUUAGACCAUGGUUUCCCGAUCCAUCCUUCCAUCCCACACCCUCCACUCUGCUUCUCUGGAGUCUCUUUCCAUUUCCCUCGACACCACUCCAGAUCCUCCAUUGUCUCCUAGAAGGGCUCCCCACUUUGCCUCCUGAACUCCCCUGUGCCCUAUGUGAGGAGGGAUUGGAAUCUGGGCCUGAAAUGGGGUUUCUGUCCUGUCCCCAAUGAAGGCUCCCAGGAAGGACCUGAUGACCUCACUGUAUGAGCUGAUUCUCCAAACCCUGGCUCCCAUACGUACCUCAUCCCCAUGCUCACCCCUUUCCAUUUUGAGUAAUAAAUGUCUGUAUAUGA